AGGUUAUUUCAAAUUUUAAUUUAUGUACUCGGUUCGCUAUUAAUUGUACGAUUUUUUUUUGGGGGAUUUCGACUCCAACUGAGAUUUUAUUACAGAGUUUUUAGUUUUCGGAUUAAGUAUAUCAUUUUUCAUUAGUCAGUACACACAAUGUCCAUUUUAAUACAGUGCUCUAAGCACAUACGCACCGCGUAUACUUUGAGUCGCCAUCGACUUAACAAUACACUGGUUUCGUCCAACACGAAUACACCGCAAAGAACAUCAAACGACAACUAUGUCGCUAGCACUUCUCGGUUCUGUACCAACAUACUUCCAAGUCGCUCGUUCUUUUCAUCGACCAUCCUGAGCUCGUCUUCUUCAAACAAAGUUGACUUACAGAUCAAGAAACUCGAUGACAAUGUGCGUAAAUAUGGUCGCAUAUCGAAACAAGACGUAGAAAGUGUCAUUAAAGAAAUCGAACAUUCGAACAUAGCCACACCCUCUCAGGCGUUACUUGUGAUUCGAUGCUGUGGAAUUUUGGUACCAGACGAAUUACCAGAAAAUCGGACAAUACUAGCCAAGAAAACAUGGGACACUUUGGUCAAGAUCGGUGUUCCGUUGGAUGUAAGCCAUUACAAUACUUUGUUAAAAGUUUAUUUAGAAAACGACCAUCAGUUUUCUCCCACGGAAUUCUUGGAGGAAUUAAAAAACAAAGGCAUUACACCAAAUCGUGUUACUUACCAAAAUUUAGUGACUAGUUACUGUAAACAAGGCGAUAUCGAAGGAGCGAGCCGUAUAUUAGAAUACAUGCGUGACAAACAAUUACCGAUCAACCAUAUGGUCUUUAACGCUUUGGUCAUUGGACAUUCUCAAAACGGCGAUAUGGAGAGCGCAGAAGGUGUUUUAAACGUUAUGAAAGAAUCAAAGCUGGAACCAUCUUCAGAAACAUAUACUUUAUUGGCUUCGGGUUACGCCAAAAAAGGAGAUAUUGCUAAAGUAACCGAGAUCUUAAACAUUUGCGAACAACAAGACAUUUAUUUGUCCCAUAAAGAUCUGCUUGAUAUUUUGUAUUCUUUAGCUACUAAUGGUCAUAGCGACAAGGUAGAUGAGAUAUUAAAUCGAGUUCAAAAGUCGAGCGGCUACAACCAAGACGCUAUAAAUUGUAUUUACAAGUUGACCACGGCUGGUCAGAUAGAAACUGCCAUUAAAGUUUUUGAUUCUAUGAAAAGACCUACUAGUAUAGAUAAUACAACACCACCACCGAUGGGCAGAUUUUUAAUUAACCAUUUAAUAAAAAUAAACUGCCCGGUGAACAAAGUAAUUGAAUUUUGCGAGAAACUCAUAGCAGACGGAUCUAAUCUGAUGGCCAUAGAACAUGCGACUGAAAUGGCAUUAAAAAAAGGUUCAGUCAACACAGCAUUGGGUUUGUUCGAAUAUAUGAACAAAAAAGAACUACCUAUUAGACAACACUAUUUUUGGCCUUUAUUAGUAUCGAAAAGUAAACUCAACGAUUUAGAUGGCUUCAAUAAUGUAUUGAUGACAAUGAUAAACACUUACAAAUUAACUCCGAACGUCGAUACACUGCGACAUUAUGUGAUGCCUACUUUAAUUAACAACGGUCAGAGUGGAUCACAAAUUAUCCAAAAUUUACAACUGUCAGGCAUCGCGCAAGGCACGAGUACGCACGCACUAGUGCUAUAUUUGUUAUCCAAGAAUGAUAUACGUCUAGCCGCUGACAUCGCCGCCACUCAUCGGGCUUUCUAUAUACCAUAUGUUAUACGUCAGCCAUUGGUGAGAGCAUUUUUAGAAGGAAAUGAUAUCAAAUCUCUGAUCGUAAUACUUCAACAAAUAUGUAACGGUUUCUCGCGUCUGCCAUUGGUCUUGUCACCGGAAUUAGCAAAACAGUCUAAUGAUAAGUUUGUGCCCAGUCCAGACACUGAAGAACAAAUAAUUGAAAUGCGAGUGUUUCUUGGUCAAAUAGUCAGCAGUAUCGUGCAGAAUUUAAAACAAAGUCCUGCGGUCGUAUCCAUUAUGCAAGAACUGCUGGAGGCCAUGUAUGAAAAAGGUUUGGGCAUAAGUUCCCGAGCAGCAGAAAACGUACAAAAUAAUUUAGAAGGGAAGAUCACUUUUGAAAUUUCUAAUUUACUGGAAAAUUUAACAGACUCAAAUUUGGUUCGUAAAGUCGAACUCGGAGUCAAACCGGGCAGUUAUACUUUGGCAAAUGCGGAUGAACACACAUUAGAAAAUAUUAUCAAGAGAGGAGAAGCUUCGGGAGAGACUAAAAACGGUGUUAAGCGACAACUGUUUAAUUUGUAUUGUAGAAAUAAAAAUCUGGAAAAAGCAAUGGCUUUAAAAGAAAAAUUAACAGCCGAUGGAUUUGAUAUACCAACAGGAUCACUUGUUUUGCUGUUGGAUUUAUAUUUAAGUAACGACAAGUUGAAUGAAGCUAAAGAUUUAUAUCAGCAGUUAACAAUGGCAAAUCAACAAUUUUUGUUGGACAAACAUAAAAUGGUAAAAAUGGCAGAAGUUAUUGCUAAGAAUGACUGUGUCGAAAAAGCCAUCGAGUUCUUGUCGUCCGUUGAACAGCCAGAAGGCAAGCAAGAAGAUUUUCUUUCAUAUCAACAUUCGAAUAACUGUUGGAAGUUAUUAAACAAUGCUGCUGACAAAGGAGACCCUGAACUCGUUCAACAAUUAUUCGACAUAUUAGUUAACAAGAAUUACACAACUGUGUCAAAUAUAAUUUUGGGGCCGCUGAUUAAAGUUCAUUUAAUUAACCAAAACCUGAAAGAAGCCUUGGAGAAAUUCGAAUGGUGUUGUAAAACGUACAGGUGUACACCAAUGAAAAAUGAAUUAUCUAUGAAAUUCAUUGAGGCGGAAGAUGCAUCGUCUUUGCAAACACUGACUGACUUGAGCACUACUAUUCAUGGUGAAAUCAAUUCAUUGUAUGAUUUAAUGCUAUCGUUUCUCGAAUGUGGUCGUCUUAAACAAGCACGUAAAAUAUUAGAGACUCCAGGCUUAAAAGCUAGGCAAGAUCGCUUGAACGUCGCUUGUGCCAAGUAUGGAGCUGAUAACUCCGAGGAGUUACUUAACCGCUUACUUGAAGUUACAAAAGACAUUCACCAAUUCAACAGAUCUAAAAUAUACAACGAACUUUUGGAGUUGCACAGCAAAAACAAUAAAGUAGAAGAAGCCAUGAGUCUUUGGACCCAAAUGCAAGAAGAAGACAUUCAACCGUCUGAUACGUUUAUGUGGUCCUUGAGUGAACUUCUUAAAAAAAAUGGAUGUGAAGUGCCAUUCGCAGUGAAUAAACCAAAAGAAAAACAACAAUCGUCUGACAACAUCAUCCAAAAAGAUUUAUUUAACUUGUUAGACUCGUAUUUGGAUAAAAACGACAUCACAAAUGCUAUUAAAAUACGUAGAAAAAUACUUUCCAAAAAUUUACCACUUCAUAACUCCAAAGAAUCUAAAAUUAUCGAACUUUUAACUCGCGAAAAUAAAUUAAGCGAAGCAAUUGAAAUCGCUAAAGAGAUGUUAGUCAAUGACAGACAGAUUUCUAAAAACGUAUUGCGUUUCUUGGUUUCAAAACUAUCAGAAGCUGGAGAAGUCGCUUCAUUAGAAUUUUUAAAAGAAAAAGUGCCUAAGAAUUUAUCUAGCUAUUUAAGUCUAAACCAACACAGUUGGAAGGCUCAUCAAAAGAGUGGAAACAUAAAAGAAAUGUUUACUUCAUUCGUGCAAAAUAUCAAUGAAAACUUAAAUGACAAAGAUAAACUAUUAGAAAUUGUCAGAAGUGUACCUGGCGGUUCGGUUGUCGAGAUAUUGCAAAAGGAUUCUACAGUUUUACCGACAAUCGAAGAAAUAAAUUCUAAAUUGGCACCGAAAGGUAUUACCGUGUUUGCCAACAGUCUUUGGUCUUAUUUUAUGUUGAACAAUGAAUUUGAUAAAGCCGAUAAGCUCAUCGGCGAUUUAGAUGUCUCUACAAGAAUUCAGUACCGUCACAUACUGGUGAAUAUCCGAUCAAAAGGUAAUUUUGAGUUGGGACAAAAACUGUUGUCUACGAUUUCAAAACUGAAGGGUUUGGCCAAUAAGAACACUAAUUUAGGAUUGGUUUAUUGCGCUCUCAUAGAUGGUCACGUUAAUCAAGAUAACUAUGUCGAAGCUCACAACACGUUAGACGAAGCACUGAAACAAGUUUCGUUCGAGGAUAUAAGCGAAUCGACAGUUUCAAGAUUAAAGAAAGACAUUGAAUCCAAAGGGGAAACGUUUAAAUAUGAUAUUCAAAAAUUCAAAAAAAGGGGCACGGCAUCUAAAAAUCGUGAACUGAAAAGCGAAAGUGAUUCCAGUGAUUCUAGUGAUGAUGAAAAGUCAUCAACAAAAGUUUAACACUUAAGAAAUGAGCGUAACAGUAGUAGAUUUUUUUUAUAUUUUGUUUUGUUGUAUUUUAUAAACUCAUUGUAAAU